CUACUCCUCCUCCACACCAAAGCUCAGCCUUCAAUGUCAGCCAUACCGACUUUUCGCAUUCUGCGGCCCUCCCCAGCCUCGACGCCUGCAGAUGCCGUCCGCUCGUUACUGACGCCCGCGUCUUCGUGCACCCGCGCCUCGGUCGCUCGAUUCUCCACGUCGCCGUCAUUAUGGAAAGGGAAAGGGAAGGGUGACAACAACAGGAGUCGAGGAAUCUCGCCCAUCAGACAUACUGGACUUCGUCCACGACAGACGCUCUCUGUGAUUGAUCGCCGCACAAAGAUCCCAAUGCCCGUCCCCAGGAAACGGCAGACUCCAAUUCAAGGUGAUCCCGACCACGGGCUAUGGGGUUUUUUCAGAGAAAAGAAAUCGCUCAUCACACCGCUCGAAGAGUCGCAGCACGGACGAGCAUGGACCGUCAACGAGCUGCGCGGAAAGGACUGGGAGACCCUACAGCAGCUGUGGUGGGUAUGCGUCAAGGAGCGGAACCGGAUUGCAACUGAGAAGCUGGAGAUGACGCGUCUGAAAGCGGACUAUGGCCUCGAUUUGGUGGAUAAAAGGGAUGAGACGGUGCAAAAAACGAUGCAGGCCAUUCUCGACACUUUGGUGGAGCGCAACAUUGCCUACGAGGAAGCCCUCCAGCUUGCGCGACACGAUCCCACCAUUGAUCUGUCCCGGAACGAGAACCAGUACGAGGAACCUACGUACGAAGCAGAUGAAAUCGAAGACGAGCUGUUAGAUGAUACCGCUGGCGCGGUGCCGACUGAAGUACGCCAAAACCAGCCCGCGACUCCAGAUGCCGUAUUCGAAGAGCCCAAGACACCACGAGACCCAAAGCAGCAAUCAACGACGACAUAG